UCUGGAGUAUUUUGUGCAAAAUCCAUUUAAGUUCAGGGUUGUAAGGACUGAAACCAGAAACUAUCCCAGGAUGUAUUGUUGAUAAACUGUUCUUACAUUUGUUCACAGCCAUGCUGCUGUUGACCAACCAGUCUUUGAAUGAAACAGAGACUGAGCAGGAUGAGGAGGAGAGGGAGACGAAGAUGAGGGACGUGCAGGCCAUGAUCAGAGAAAUGAGGCUUGAGUGCUGUGUGCGACAAAAACAACUGGCUGACAAGGAGAAGUCUGAAGCAGAGAAAUUGUUGGAUCGUGUUCACAAAGAGUUGGCAAAUCUUCAUGCAGAAAGCCAAAACCUAACCAAGGAGAUCAGAGACCGCCUGGAACACCUCCACUCUGACCUGAUGGACCUUCGAGAAGUUCUGAAUGAAGCUGUGAACAACGCUGCCAGAGCCGCAGAGCUCAACAACUUGAAUGAGAAAACUCUGGAGGACAGUAAUAUGAGGAUUGAAGAGCUGCUGCUGAAGCAGAAAGAGGUCAAAGACUUGUUAAACAUGGCUGAAGAUGAUGUGACUCAGGUCAAUGACGUGCUGUCCAUGCUGCAGGACUCUAAAGAGGAAUAUGAACAUUUGGCAGCACUUCUGGAUGGAGCCAGAUUACCUUUGGUAACGAAGGUACAAAAUUUUUCUUCAACUGACUCUCUGAUCCCUUUGGUGGAAGGUGCAGAGAGACACGCUGAGUACCUGAACAUUUUAGCCAUGAAUUUGUCCAGUUUGGUUUCAGAAACCAGGAAGGAGGGAACAGUGAACGUAACAAAAGCGUACAGCAACAUUAUUGACAACAUCAACAAAGCCGAGGAGGCGUCCAACAUGGCUGACGGAGCUGCUAAUGACACACUGGAGAACAUAAAGAAGCAGGAUCUUGGUCAGAUGGCUGAUAAACUGAAGAUCCGCAGCAUAGAACUGAAUGAUGAAGUGAAACAACUGAGCAACAACUUGAACAACACUCUGAGGCACCAGCUGGAAGAUGCUCAGAGACGACUGGAUGAAGCCAACACCAAACACGUUGAAGCCCUGAACGAUCUGGAGGCAGUUCAGAACAAGCUCAACUUGACCUCAAAUGUGAGUCAGGAUAUUGAUGAAGUGAAGCAGGUCACAGGUGCAGCAAACAGCACAGUCAGCAGUGUCAUUGACCAACUGCGUCCCAUUAAAAAGCAGCUGGAUGAGUGGCAAGAGACUUAUGGAGACACGAACGCCACUAGUGAUGACAUCAACAACGCUCUGAUGGAUGCCAACAACACAGAAUGUUUACAGAUCUCACCGGAGGAACUGGUUGAUUAUUCCAUCCUUAUCAGACCUCUUACAGUGUCCUCGAGUGCAUCCUUGGACAUUGCUCACCGCUCUCGUCAUCUCUACCUCUACCUCUAG